CCAGGUGAGUGAAAGGGGGGCGUGUCGCCGCGCGCAGCUCGCUAGCCGCCCGUCUGGAACCCGGUGCCAGAGCUAUAGGCCCCCCGCAGAACAGCAGCAGCAGGUGGAGAAAUGGAGGCGCCAUCUUAUUGCGACAAGCUCCUGGGGGAGUUGAAUGAGCAGCGGAAGAGGGACUUUUUCUGUGACUGCAGCAUCAUAGUGGAAGGCCGCAUCUUCAAGGCCCACAGGAACAUUCUAUUUGCUAACAGUGGCUACUUCCGUGCCCUGCUCAUUCACUACAUUCAGGACAGUGGGCGGCACAGCACCGCCUCCUUGGACAUUGUCACCUCCGAGGCCUUUUCCAUCAUCUUAGAUUUCCUCUACUCUGGGAAGUUGGAUCUGUGUGGAGAGAACGUGAUUGAAGUGAUGUCAGCUGCCAGCUACCUGCAGAUGAAUGACGUGGUGAACUUCUGCAAAACAUAUAUCAGGUCAUCCCUUGACAUUUGCCGGAAGAUGGAGAAGGAAGCUGCUGUGGCUGCGGUGGUGGCUGCAGCUGCAGCAGCUGCGGCUCAGCAGAUAGACAGUGGAAGCCAGGAGGGGACCUCCUCUGGUACCAAGGGCUUUGUUUCCUCCCCAGUGGAGGGAGAAGGGAGUGUGGACUGCACAAGAGCGUCCCCUUGUGAUGACUGCAGGGACUGCUAUCCCUUGGAACUGGUGGGGAAAGAUAGCCAGGGCUCUGGCCCCUCUGACAGUGACCUUAUUAUUCUGCCCAGGCGGGUUGAGCCCAAGGUAAAAUUUGAUGCUCCCAGAGUGCUGAUGGAGGCUGGUGAGCCCUUGCAGCACUAUACCACCCCCCUCAGCCUGGCCCAUGUGGAGGAGGGCCUGUCCAGUAGCCAGGCCAUGGAUUUGGCUUACAAUAGCUAUCACGUGAAGCAGUUCCUGGAGGCUCUCCUGCGUAAUGGAGCUGUCCAGAGCAAAGAUGACUCAGAUCAUCACUUUUCUCAUAGUUUGGAUGGAAGACCAGAAGGCACAGGGGCGGCCAUGAGUUCGAUGGUGGACGUUCAGAAUGACUGGUAUGGAGAGGACUCAGGUGAUGUGCUGGUGGUCCCCAUCAAGCUCCACAAGUGUCCUUUCUGCCCGUACACUGCCAAACAGAAGGGCAUCCUCAAGCGGCACAUCCGAUCACACACAGGUGAGAGGCCUUACCCCUGUGAGACCUGCGGCAAGAGGUUCACGAGACAGGAGCACCUUCGGAGCCACGCCCUGAGCGUCCACAGAUCCAACCGUCCAAUUAUCUGCAAAGGUUGCCGAAGAACCUUUACAAGCCACCUGUCCCAGGGUCUUCGGCGCUUUGGGCUGUGUGAUAGCUGCACCUGUGUUUCAGACACUCAUGAUGAUGAUGAUGAUUUGAUGCCCAUCAACCUCAGCCUGGUAGAGGCUUCAUCUGAAAACCAAAAGAGUGAUACAGACGACUGGCCAAUCUACGUGGAGUCUGGUGAGGAGAACGACCCGGCCACAGAGGAUUCUGAUGACAAGCCACACAUUCAGCCCAGCUUACCAGACCAAGAGACACUCAUGUAG